UUUACAAACAAAUCCGAAACUGGACUGAGUUGUUUUGUUUUAUGAAGUGUUGACGGACACUUUGUUGAAAAAGAGUGGCUACGUGGUGUUGAAGUUGUUUCAACAAUGUUUCAUUGUUGUAUUUUGUUGCUGUCCCUUUUCUUUUGUUUUAUGCUCGUCAGUAGCAACGAAAUUUUUGUUUAUUCGGAUCCUACAUUUUGCAAAGUGAACGAAUAUUUUAAUAUAUUGCAAAUGAAAUGCAUCACGUGUGAUCCAACACUAAAUUUAACACCAUCCAUUGACAAAUUAACAUGUAUAUGUAAUGAGCAAAGUAAAUUGGUAUCUUCUACAAAAGAUUUGGAGUUUCCUAAUUGUGAACUUUGUCCUGACAAUACAUAUUCAUCUAAAGACCAAAGGAUGUGCUUGUCAUGUUCUAGAAAUGAUUCUACUGACAAAAACAGUUGUAGGACAUGUCCCAAAGGAAAGAUAUUAGUUGAGAGAGAGGUAAAUGGUGGUCUUCGAAAGAAUAUAUGUGUAGAUUGUGUGCAAGGAACUUUCCCUGAUGAGCUGCAAAGAAAAUGUAUUCUGUGUUCUUUGAAUAAAGUUUUAACUAAUGAUGGCAAUUGUUCUUGCCCUUCUGCCACUCGUGAGAUGCCAGAUGGAAUUUGUGUUUCAUCUGAAAUUCUUGCUGAUUGGCCUGAUGAGAGAAGUUCUUAUACUAUUGAAUAUAAAUCAGGUGUAAAAGUUAUUUCAGCAUUUUUUCGAAGACAUUUGCUUUCUGCAAUAUUUAAAUGCAAGCUAAGAAACUUGGUUGCUUGUCAGAUGGUUGCAAACAUGUGUACAAUGUUGCUGUUUGAUGAUUAUUCUGAAGGAAGUCCCUGUAAACUCUUCCUAGAUCCAAAACUAAUGCUUACUCAUAAUAAUAUUCCUUCAUUGUUCUAUCGUGAAGGUGAAGCUCUAACUGUUCUAAAUAGGAAAAAAAUACCCACCAAAUAUAGUCUCUCUAGUACUUCUUCUGUCAGUAGAUUAAAUCUCACAGUGAGCCGCUUUUCUCCAAGUGGCCAAUUCAAAGGUUUUGCUGUGGCUACAGGCAGCUUCUUACAGCUGUGUCCUGAAUCUUGGGAAGUACUUGAUGCAGGCCUUCGAUUUGGAUCUCGUUAUCAUCGUAAAUGUACAAUCCCAAUACAACAAUUAUUAAAUCAUCAGACAGAAUUCUUUGAUCUUUCACUUCAGUAUGAAGAAGGAGGAGAGUCAAAAUUUCAUUCUAUUCCAAUUUUGACUCAGAAUAUGAAGACAAAAUCAAUAUCCUACAAUAACGAAGCUUCUGAUCCCAGUCAGUGGCUCUUGACAAAGCGAUUUUUCCUGGUUGAUAAAGUCAGUGGAGUUCAAACUGUGUGGGUUGAUGGAAAUGAUCAAGAAGCAUUGCCAUCUGUUGUAAGAUAUUUAAAAUUCUGUGAAGUGAGAGUCAGACUUCGAAGCGCUGAGGAUGAAGGUCUGAUUUAUUCCCCUUUGUUAGUGGUUCACUAUGGAGAAGUGACACAAACAGAAAUUGAAGCAAAUUCUCAUGUAGACAUUUCCUUCUCUACCUCAUACGAUAUGCCAAAUAAUUUUGAUUAUGCUUUGGAGGUUUCAAUGGGUGUUUUGUGUUCUUUGUCUGUGGUCUGGUCAGGUAUUGAAACAUGGAGUUAUUCAAGGAGGUCUGGUCGAGUGGGUAUAGAUUUGUUUACCAUUGCAGAACUAGCCCUGUUCUCCUGUGGAAAUCUUGCAAACGUGUUCUUCUUAGUAGUUGCAUGUGCAAGCCUACACACUUUCUUUUUUUAUAAGGGAGAGAGUGUUAUUCAUUUGCUACUUCUCAGCAGCAGUAAUGAGAAUCUAAUAAAAACUUAUGUGAUUGUAGCCUUUGCAUUGAAGAUAAUUGAGAUUGUUUUUAUGAUUUGGAAGCAAAUAUCAAUAGAUAUUUUUUUCAUUGAUUGGGAAAGACCUCGAGCUCUAAAUUCUGGUAAUGGUAAUGCACAAACACUAAUAGAUCAUAAUGAUGGUAUGGAACAUCCUGUCAGCAUAUGGAGAACAUAUCUUGUUGCAAAUGAGUGGAAUGAAAUGCAAACAAAGAGAAAAAUAAGCUUACUGUUUCAGUUAGUUUUUACAGUGUUCAUUCUUAAGGUAGUGGGUGUCGAGCAUUGGGCGGUGGCCGACCCCGAUGUUAGUACCUCCGUGCCGACAUAUAUGAAUGACAGCCCUCCAUGUGCAAGUUUUCGAUUCGCAAUAGCCGUUUUAGUGUUUGUAAUAGUAUAUAUUUUACAGAGACUGUACGUUGUUAUGCUUCACGAACGGUACAUACGGAAUGGAAUUCAACAAUUUGUGGACUUGUGUGCGAUGGCUAAUAUAAGCGUUUUUGUUCUAUCCUUGGAAAACUUUGGAUAUUAUAUUCAUGGAAGAUCAGCCCAUGGGUUCGCUGAUACUGACAUGCAAACAAUUUUAUUCCAACUUCAAAGAGAAGAAGAAGAUCUUUGUGGACAUCGUGGACUUUUACCAGGGACCGACCAUCAGACUUUUGAAAUGAUCAUUCCCUUGCAGCUAAGGUCUUACUACAGAAAAGUAAUGGCUCCCAUAAGUUCCACUUCAAUCGUGCAGUCUACAAAGAGGCUGUCAAGUGCAGGAGCAGGAAGUUUGAGGUCGAAGAUGUCUUCCACAAACGUUGAUCGAAGUGUACAAGCGUAUCACACUAUGAACAAAUUUUUGGCGGCAUUCCUUGAACAUGCGCUUGUAGAUUUGGAUUACGAAGUUAAAGAAAAGUCGAUGUCUGAAUCAUUAUUGGACAUAGAGUUUUCGGAAUCAUUGGAUAAAGGAGUUUUCUUCGUAGACAAUGGUCAUUCAUUUGAUAAAAUUCUUUUCUAUGGGAAUGAGUUUACUCUAACAACAUUUGAUUUAAUGCUCUUUUCCUUCAUUGAAAUUCUUACUCAAGAUUAUUUACUAGCAGCAAUAUUAACGGGAGCAAUUUCUCAGAUUCUUGUUACUGUGAGAAUAAUUGGUGGGAAAAGAAAUCUGGCAAGAAAGACACUAAUCGAUGAGCGAUUUUUGAUUUGAUUUCUUUUCUGAUGCAGCGAUCUUCAGUAUUUCGUUCUUGCUAUAUUAAUAAUGUUUUCAAGAAUACUAUCAUCAAGAGAGCAGUUUUAAGUUGUACUCUAUUUUCUCAUCUGUUUCGGAGUGAUAGAUUGCUCCGUUUAGCGGAGUAUAUUCCACAUGGAAGAGACAUUAGUCUCACUAAAGGAGAUUGAAAUAUAGUUUGUGUGCAGUGGACAUAUAUAACUCAUGCUAAGCGUGCAGUUGUGUGUGUGUACUUGUCUUAAAUACAUACGUCAUUAUGUUUGGAAUUAUUACGUCCAGUAUUAUGAGGGAAAAGGUGGAGAAAUGUCUUCGUGCUAACUACACGGACCCCUUAACCCAUGGCCGAGAGGCUGGGCCAUCGCUGGUCGGCCAAGGCCCGUAUCGGGUUGUCGAGACAAAGGAAAAAAAACAACAUUAAAAAACGAAGGUAAAAACAGCAACAACAACAACAAAAAGCUGAAGCACGUAUCCUGGUUUU